AUGACGACGACGACGACGACCACAACGACCGAGAGAAAACAAAACUUGAGCAGAUCGUUCCCUUCCUUCGCGAAGAAGAAGUCAAACGAGACGAAAAACGACGAUUCGAACAAAACAUCGUUCACCCGAGAUGACGUCGCGAAACACAAUCGCUCGAACGAUUGUUGGGUCAUCGUCCACGAUCGCGCGUACGACGUGACGAAAUUCGUCCCGAAACAUCCCGGGGGGAACAUGAUUCACGUCAACGCGGGCGGGGAGUGCACGGCGCUCUUUGAGUCCUACCAUCCGCUGAAAGCGAGGAAGGUGCUGGAGAAAUUUUAUGUCGGAGACGUGGUGGGUGAUGAGGAAAAGGAGGAAGAAGACGAACGCGGAGCGAGGAGAAGAACGACUUCGAUUUCGACGACGACGACGUCGACGAAGGAAAACAAACAGAAGUCAAAAUCUGAAAUGAAAGCACCAAAGUACAGAUCGAACGGCGAAGAGGACGAGUUUCAUUACGAGUGCAAACGAGCGGCGGAGAAAUACUUUAAAGAGAACGCGUUAGACCCGAGAGAACAUCCGGAAAUGUGGGCAAAGUCGGUCGCGAUUUUAUCCGGAGUCGUUUUGUUUCAUUACUUAUCGUUUUUUAGCGCAAACGUGGCGUUUUUCCCGUUGGCGUGCGUGUUUGCGGUGUUGCACGGAGUGUGUAAAGCUGAAGUUGGGGUGUCUAUUCAGCACGACGCCAAUCACGGGGCGUAUUCGAAGAAUAAGAAAGUUUUGCACGCGAUGCAGUUGACGUUGGACAUCGUCGGCGCGAGUUCGUUCAUGUGGAAACAGCAACACGUGGUUGGACAUCACGCGUUUACGAACGUAGAAGAUAUCGAUCCAGACAUUCGAUGCGACGAGAAGAACGACGUGAGACGAGUGAAUUACAUGCAACCGCACGCGUUUUUCCACAAGGCGCAACACGUGUAUUUAGCGCUCAUGUACGGAUUGUUGUCGUUUAAAUCGUGCUUUUUCGACGACUUCUCCGCGAGAAAGAACAAUAAAAUCGGAUGGGUCACGGUCCCGAAAUUCGAACGACGAGAAGCCGUCGAGUUUUGGGGAUCCAAAGCCGUCUGGGCGUUUUACUACCUCUACUUGCCCUUCAAGUACUCCCCGCACAACGACUCGUACGCGAAGCUCUUCGCGUUGUGGACGCUGACUGAAUUCACCACCGGUUGGCUCCUCGCGUUCAUGUUCCAAGUCGCUCACGUCACUCCAGACGUGGAAUUUUUCAAAGUGGACGAAAAAACUGGCGUCAUUAGCUCGAACAAAUCUUGGGCGGAAGCGCAACUCGCCUCAUCGGCGGAUUUCGCGCACGGGAGCAAAUUCUGGACCCACUUCUCCGGCGGAUUAAACUACCAAGUCAUCCACCACCUCUUCCCUGGCGUUUGCCACGUCCACUACCCGCAAUUAGCGCCGCUCGUCAUGGACGUGUGCAAAAAACGAGGAUUGGAAUACGUCGUUUACCCGACGUUUUGGGCCGCUUUGCGAGCGCACUUUCGCCACUUAAAAAACGUCGGCGGCGGAGCCUUCAAAGUGCCGAGUCUUCACACCGUAGGUUAA